CCGGUGUCUACCUACAUGUGUUCGCGAUCACAACGCGUAAUCAAUUAAAUCGACUCCGCACACUCCGCAGACGAAACGCGGUGCACGUAACCGGCGAGUUUUCCACCACCACUCGAGUUUUCUUAUCAGCGGACAUUCUAAGCUCCUCGAGUGUUGCCGCGCGCCUACGCUCCGAUAUGAACAAUUAAACGUGCGUUGUCGCCGUCGCUGCCACGUACGAAUUGAUCGUCGCUCAUUGCCGGGCGGCGCGCACUCGAGAUGGAAAUAGGGCAGGUGAAGGUGGCGGAAGACAGUGACUUUUAUCAAUUAAAGCGGCUGGUCGACGAUGAUGCCGACUGGAAAUUGGAGUACGAGAAGGGAGCCACCACCAAGGUAUGGACCAAACAAGUGAUAAAUAGCAAUUUCAAAAUGGUUAAAGUCCACACCGUCUUCCCGAAUGUAACACCAAACACACUAUUUGAUGUCCUGCACGAUCCUGAAUAUCGGAAAGAGUGGGAUGAGCAUAUGGUGGCUUCAAUUGAGAUCGGCUAUUUGAAUCCCAACAACGACGUUGGGUACUAUGCAUUGUCGUGUCCUGCACCAGUAAAAAACAGAGACUUUGUAUUGCAGCGUUCGUGGCUGGAUUUUGGCGAUGAGAAAUUAAUUUUUAAUCAUUCUGUGAACCAUACGCUCUAUCCGCCGAAAAAGGGAUUUGUAAGAGCAGUUUCGUUGAUUACUGGCUUCGUGGUGAGGCCAAAGGAUCAUGGGACAUUUUUAGGAUAUAUUACGCAAACGGACCCGAAGGGAAAACUGCCUAGUUGGUUGAUAAAUAAACUAACGCAAAAAUUCGCGCCGAAAGCGAUACGGAAAUUAGAAAAAGCAGCUGAAGGUUAUACAAAUUGGAAACAAUUGCAGCCUAAUCCCAAUUUCAAACCGUGGAUUUAUCCGGAACAGACAUUACUCUCGAAAAGAAUUAAUGUAGCAGAGUGCGUGAAUAAAUCCGGCACUGGCGAUCAAGAUAGUGAAGAUGAGUAAAUUCAUCAUGGUCAAAUGAAAACACCAGCAAAAAUCAAAUAAUUACAAAAGUAUUAUUACCUACAAUCCUAUCUAUAUACAUUCCUAUUCAAAUUAUUUACCGGUUUUAUUUAAUUAUGUGAUUUAAAUGUUAUCAUAUAACUCUACAUAUAACUGUAUUGAAUUUUUAAACAAUACAUUCGUUUUUUUUGCAAAUCGUAUGAUAAUAUAUACAGUAGGCACUAAAUUUGUAAAAUAAAACAUUCGGCGAAUUAAAAUUACAAACGAUAUUGUGAUUACAUUGUUAUGAUAUGCGCACAUUUGAAAUUAUGUACAAAUAGAAUGAAAUACGAUAAGAUAAUUUUAAAAAAUGCAAUACAAACUGUUGUGACUAA